AUGUCAAGAGUCUCGAUGCAGGAAGUUCCGUGGAAAGACUACGAAAGACAAGGGCGCCGAGAAGUUUCUGUAACAAAGAGCAACAUUACCUACAAGGUGGACGAGACAAGAAGAGGGAAAGAGCAGAGCAAGUCUGUCGUUUCAGUUCUUCUAUGCCAACUGGAAAGAAGGAAAUUGCGAAAGAGAGCUAAGCUGAGAGAGGCGCUUCACUGUAGGAUAUUUUGUGAUACGGAACUGGAAGGAUUAGAAGGAUCGAGGGAAAGAAUUGAAAAAGAAGAAAGUGAAAGAUUAAAGUUGGAUAAUGGAGAGGAAAAUGAUGCUGAGAAGGGAGAAAAAGAUACGGAAGGGAUAAAAUUCAUUGGCCUGGCGAUGAGGCUUCGGAAGAAGAUGGGUGAUCAGAGGACUAAAUGUAUAAAAAUGAGAUUUCUUGAGUUAACCGAAUAUUCACCUCUACAAGAAGGGCCAACAAAAGAAGAGGAAGAGGAAGAGGAAGAGGAGAAGAAGAGGAAGGAGCAGAAUAGGAAGAAGGAAGGAACAGCGAGGCAGUAUUAA